AUGGGUCCGAAGAAAAACAAGCACGCUAUCCUUGGACAAAUAAUAUGCCUUCCGACGAAUGACGUCAUCGGACCGCCACGGGUGAAGAAUAAGGCCAAUCUCCUCUGGCGUGGGCAUUCGUGGAGGGAGCUCAUCAAGGAAAAGAGAUUCUUCGGUGAUCUUAUCACGUUCAAGAAACUUAUGGAUAAGUCGCUGCCGCUGCUGGCUAGGUGUGUCGGUUGA